CAGAAAGGGGCUAAUUUUGUUAAUUAACAAUUUAACAUUCAAAAGCUGCUAGUUGCAGAGGAGCCCUUCUAUUCUACAAGCCUCGUUUCGCUUCACCAAGAGUGUAUUAACCAAUCAGAUCUUUCCUGUACCGGUACCGUCAAAUUUGGACCCCUUGCGUUUUUCCUGUAACUUGGUAGUUACUAGAAAGCCUAAGAAUGGCUGAUCGACAGCUAUUGGAUCAACAGCCACCUGCUGAUGCACAGAUGCAGUCUCCUCUGCCAGGAGAGGAUAUGAUUGCUUGUGUGAUGGCUCUCGAGGCUGCUUUGCUUCCAUGCUUGCCAGCAAGAGAGCUUCAAGCGAUUGACCGUUCGCCCCACCCUUCACAUCAGAUUGAUGUGGAGAGACAUGCCAGAGACUUUAUGGAGGCUGCAAAGAAGCUCCAGCUUUAUUUCAUAGGUCUGCAGCGGGAGGAUCAACCAACCAACGCCGAACUGCUCAAGAAGGAUAUUGCUGUGAUGGAAGAAGAGCUGAAAACGAAGAAUGAGCUUAUCAAGAAGCAAGAAAAACUGAUUCAAGGAUGGAGGAAGGAAUUACAAGACCAGUUAGAAAAGCACAAAGUUGAGUUAGAGAGGGUAUGAUUUUAAUUGGUUAGAAGAGACAUGAGAUAUGUGUUUGGAGUGUUGGACGCACAGUCGCACACCAUCUAUGUAAACUGUUCUCCUGUUAGAGAUCCUUGAGAGUCGGAAAUUAAUUAGAAAACCAUAACUGUGUAAUAAUUUUGCAGUAAAUUAUGAUUAUAGGAGUAAAAAUCUAUCCUUGUCAGUCCCAAGCACUACUAGUCAAGCAUGAAAAUAAUUUUAUAUAUUCAUGAUUUGUAAUUAUAAUUAGA